AAAAACUCUUUCAAACAUUUGUCGUUUGGAUAACACAGAUUCCUUUGAGAUUAUUGAUAUUUAUUGAUAAAUUAAAAUUCAGUUUUAAAUUAAAAUGAGUUCAACGAUCAAUAAACGUUCUCGUUCGACGAAUUGGAGUGAGGAGGAUAAGAAAUUGCUUCGAAAAUUAGUGCUCGAGCGAGCACAUAUAUUAGAGAAUAAGGAUACGUCGACUAACACAAAUACAGCAAAAAAACUUGCAUGGGAAGAUGUUUUGUCUUGUUAUAAUAUCAUUUCAGUCCAUAAAAGGGAUAUGAACCAAAUACAAAAUCAGUGGAGGAAUAUGAAGAAUCGGGCUAAGGCUUCAAAUUUUAGAAAGCCUGAAUUGCCACGAGUAACAAAACCUACACAUAAUUUAAGAGCUAAACUAAAAAAAACGUACAACAAUGGACUAACGUACAAAGUUAUUAAAAAUGUUAAUACUAUUUAUUUUCCUUGUUUUCGCAAGCGGAGGAUUACCCCAGAGGAUUGGUGAACCAUGUAUAGUACAGCCAACUCAAAUAGUGGGUAGAUGUGUGCCUGCCAAUCAGUGUGUAUCUGUUAGAGAGGAUAAUACCCGUAACGGUAUAAACCCAUCUAUAUGCUCCUACACAUUUGAUGGUGUGAUAGUUUGCUGUAGAGAUGGAUCGUCCAUUUUGCAAGCAGCCACACGGCAGAGCGAUCGCAGGCCAGUCUGGUCGAAUCAAUCAGCAAAUAGAAAUAAAAGAUUGAGACUCAGUGAACGAAAAUGCGAAGAAUACAGCCGGGGGGUGACACAAACGGUUGAUUUCAUCCCCCUCGUCCCAGACCCGGAUACUCUAUCCAUAUCUGCUGCUAAAUGUGAUUAUAAUGGGGUUGAACUGAUCGUGGGGGGAGAGGCUGCUAGUACCGGGGAGUUUCCGCAUAUGGCAGCCAUAGGCUGGCUGGACGAAGACCAGACCUCCUACAUAUUCCUCUGUGGAGGAUCCCUUAUCAGCUCAAGAUUCGUUCUCACAGCCGGCCAUUGUACUAAAACAACAAGACGAAUAAAUAACUCACCGACUAUAGUACGUCUUGGAGAUCAGAAUCUGGACCCCAAUGUGCAGGAUGGAGCUGAACCGGUUGAAGUGGGCAUAAAGAACAUAAUAACACAUCCACAAUAUCGUUCUCCAAGCAAAUACAAUGACAUAGCGUUAAUAGAACUCAAGACAGAUAUAGAUUUUAGUACAAAUAUACGGCCAGCUUGUUUAUGGGUAAAACCCGACUUUAAUGGACACACUAAAGCCUUGGCUACGGGUUGGGGGGUUACUGAUCCAAACUCACGAAUAACUGAAACAUCGAAAGAACUACAGAAAGUGUCCCUAACAUUACUAGAUAAUAGAUAUUGUGACCAAUUACUAGUUGAUUAUAUGAACAGGAAUUGGCAAGGAUUCGCCAAUUCGCAGAUGUGUGCCGGCGAGUUGAGAGGGGGGAAAGAUACUUGCCAGGGCGACUCCGGUUCCCCCUUGCAAGUAGCGUCACGUGACAACCAAUGUAUAUUCUACGUCAUCGGAGUGACGUCAUUCGGACGAAAAUGCGCACAGUCAGGCAAACCCGCGAUAUAUACACGAGUAUCUAGCUAUCUGGACUGGAUUGAGAGUGUUGUAUGGCCUGGUGAAUAAUUGUUAUUAGGAUAAUAAAUAUUUUAGUAUUAA